AUGACGCCUCUUCGAAUCGCAUCCAUUCCCGGUGAUGGAAUCGGACCCGAAGUUGUUUCAGCCACUAUACAAGUACUACAGCAACUAUCAAAAACACUUGGAACCUUUCAGAUCGACUUCACACAAAUCCCAUGGGGCACAGACUACUACAAGAAACACGGCAAAUAUCUUGCUGAUGAUGCCUUGACCACAUUACGCCAAUUUGAUGCUGUGUUAUUUGGUGCCGUGGGCGCUCCCGAUGUCCCUGAUCAUAUUUCCCUCUGGGGUCUUCUUCUCGCUAUCAGAGGCCCUCUACAGCUCUACGCAAAUGUUCGACCAGUGAGAACAUUCCCGGGAACCAAGUCCCCACUCGAUACGGCGAAGAACGGCAUCGACUGGAUGCUAGUCCGUGAGAACUCUGAAGGCGAGUACUCUGGACAGGGCGGGCGUUCACAUGUUGGACAGCAGUGGGAAGCAGCUACUGAGGUAGCGAUGUUCACACGCGUCGGAAUAGAGCGAAUUAUUCGAUUUGCAUUUGAGACAGCACAAUCUCGACCCAAAAAGCAACUGACAGUUGUCACCAAGAGCAACUCCAUGCGAAAUGGUAUGGUCCUUUGGGAUGAGAUAGCUGCGUCGGUUGCUAAGGAGUUUUCCGACGUGACGUGGGAUAAGAUGCUUGUCGACGCGAUGACUGUCAGGAUGGUGAUGAAGCCUCAGUCCCUUGAUACGAUCGUCGGUACCAAUUUGCAUAUGGAUAUUCUUUCUGAUCUUGCUGCUGCUUUGGCUGGAUCUAUCGGUAUCGCGCCUUCCAGUAAUUUGGAUCCGACUCGGAAGAAUCCAUCUAUGUUCGAGCCCGUUCAUGGUAGUGCAUUCGAUAUCACUGGUAAGGGAAUUGCUAAUCCGAUUGGCACAUUUUGGUCCGCAGCAGAGAUGCUCUCUUGGCUCGGAGAGAAAGACGCAUCUAAUAAGUUGUUGGCAUGCAUUGAGGAGGUUUGUGCUGCCGGGUUUGUUACCGCGGAUCUAGGCGGGUCUUGCAAUACGCAGCAGGUCGUUGAUGCCGUGUGCGCUGAGAUUCAGAAGCUCAGGACUUGA